AUGCGAUCUACUCGAAGUUUCACCGCGUCCGAGGAAGCCCCGCGGACGGCAUAUCUAGGGAAAAAAACAUUUAAAAUUUGGACGUUACGAAGGGGUGCAACUUGCGAUGGGGAAGGCAGGAGGCGGGGUAAAAGGGUUUCUCAGCACUUCCAUUUUCACCCGUUCCGUUGUUUGUUUGCGGGGGCGACUCUCGUGGUAGAAAAAAAAAAAUCGGGAUGCGCACGCGCAGUGGCGAGUAAAAGGGGAUUUCAAGAUGAUAAAGUAAAACACUGCUUCUUAUUUGUCUUUCUUUUUAUGAAGUGA